GGGAAACGUGUAGGUUAGAUCAUACUAGCCCACCAAACAGGCCCGUAAGUUUGUUUUAACUCAUUUUUUCCUACCAUAUUCAUCUUUUUCUCUUUAUAAAACGAAACGUCCGGCAUAAAUAUAGCCCUUGCCUCUGUUCAUCCAAAGAGAAGUAGCCGCGUUUAUCGCCAUUGGAGUAGAAGAGAAUGGAUCAGAGAAACCCUAUAGAUCGUCGUCCAAAGAGCCAACUUGGACGUUUUGAUGGCCAUCCAUUAGUUUGCGGUUUCUUUAAAUCGGGUCGUACGUGUAUGGCUGGUGCCACAUGUCCAUUCGCACAUAAAGUUCCCAGAGUUUUUGAUAGUAGAACUGGUUUAGACAAUCCAAAAACCGUCGAGUUACUGGCUAGAAAUGUUUACAUGGGCCCUGUUGAUCCACCCUUGGAUCAAACACUUAAAACGCUCUACCUCCGUCGCCUCAACUCUAGUGUCCACGAGCAGCACAUACGUGACCGUUUCAACCCUUAUGGAGAAAUCAAAUCUAUCGUCUAUUUUGCAAUGAGAGGUGUUGACGGUGCGUUUCUCACAUACACGACCCGAGAAGGGGCGGAGAAGGCCAUGUUAGAGCACUCUUCAUGGGUUGUUAUCAAUGGCCAAAAUGUUAAACUCUUAUGGGGAGCACAUGUGAUCCCCAAGGAAGCUGUGGUUCAGGAGAAUGAUCAACCCCAGGACCAUGAUAGGGAUGUUUCUAGAAUCCUUAUCCAUUGAAAGUUUCAUAAAGAAGCAAACAAAUAAAUAAUAUAAAAGAAGUGAUUUGUAAAACUGCCGAUGAAUAAAUAAUAUACUAUUUAUUGGUUGACUUCA